CCGCCGGGCGCCCCGGGUCGGGCCCGGUGAGAAGGUCGCGCCGUCGCUAAGGCGGGCUCCGGCGUGCAGCCCUUGCUGCGCAGGUGAGCCGGCCGGCCGCGCCAUGGUGGACUCCGUGGGCUUCGCCGAGGCGUGGAGGGCGCAGUUCCCGGACUCGGAGCCGCCGCGCAUGGAGCUGCGCUCGGUGGGUGACAUCGAGCAGGAGCUGGAGCGCUGCAAGGCCUCCAUUAGGCGCUUGGAACAGGAGGUGAACCAGGAGCGCUUCCGAAUGAUCUACCUGCAGACGCUGCUGGCCAAGGAGAAGAAGAGCUACGAUAGGCAGCGCUGGGGCUUCCGCCGCGCAGCGCAGCCCCCGGACGGUGCCGCCGAGCCCCGAGCGCCCGCCCAGCGCCAGCCGCCCGCUCCCGCCGACGGCGCAGACCCGGCGCCCGUCGAGGAGUCCGAGGCGCGGCCGGACGGAGAGGGGUCACCGGGGAAGGCACGGCCGCCGUCCGCCCGCAGGCCAGCGGCUGCUGCGCCGGCGGAUAGGGACGACCGAGGGCCCCCCACCAGCGUGGCGGCACUCAGAUCCAACUUCGAGAAGAUCCGCAAGGGACCUGCCCAACCCGGCUCUGGCGACCCUGAGAAGCCCUUCUACGUGAACGUCGAGUUCCACCACGAGCGUGGCCUGGUGAAGGUCAACGACAAAGAGGUAUCCGACCGGAUCAGUUCUCUAGGCAGCCAGGCCAUGCAAAUGGAGCGCAAGAAGUCCCAGCAAAGCACUGGGCAGGGUCUGGGUGAAGCGCCCAGACCCCAUUACCGCGGGCGCUCCUCAGAGAGCAGCUGUGGCCUCGACGGUGACUACGAGGAUGCGGAGUUAAAUCCCCGCUUCCUGAAGGACAACCUAAUCGAUGCCAACGGCGGCAACAGGCCCCCUUGGCCGCCCCUGGAGUACCAACCCUACCAGAGCAUCUACGUCGGAGGUAUGAUGGAAGGGGAGGGGAAGGGCCCGCUCCUGCGAAGCCAGAGCACUUCGGAGCAGGAGAAGCGCCUCACCUGGCCCCGCAGGUCCUACUCCCCCCGGAGUUUUGAGGACAGCGGCGGUGGUUACACCCCGGAUUGCAGCUCCAAUGAGAACCUCACCUCCAGCGAGGAGGACUUUUCCUCUGGCCAGUCCAGCCGCGUGUCCCCAAGCCCCACCACCUACCGUAUGUUCCGGGACAAGAGCCGCUCACCCUCACAGAAUUCGCAGCAGUCCUUUGACAGCAGCAGCCCCCCGACGCCACAGUGUCAGAAGCGGCACCGACAGUGCCAAGUUGUGGUGUCUGAGGCUACCAUCGUAGGUGUCCGCAAGACCGGGCAGAUCUGGCCCAGUGAUGGGGACAGCACCUUCCAGGGGGAUGCAGAUUCCUCGUUCGGCACACCCCCUGGGUACGGCUGUGCCGCAGACCAGGCCGAGGAGCAGCGCCGGCACCAGGAUGGGCUACCCUACAUCGAUGACUCGCCUUCCUCCUCUCCACACCUCAGCAGCAAAGGCAGAGGCAGCCGCGACGCUCUGGCCUCAGGAGCCCUGGAGCCUAGCAAAGCGAGUGAGCUGGAUUUGGAAAAGGGCUUGGAGAUGAGAAAGUGGGUUCUCUCGGGAAUCCUGGCCAGCGAGGAGACGUACCUGAGCCAUCUGGAGGCUCUGCUGUUGCCCAUGAAGCCUCUGAAAGCCGCUGCCACCACCUCGCAGCCGGUGCUGACCAGCCAGCAGAUCGAGACCAUUUUCUUCAAAGUACCUGAGCUCUAUGAGAUCCACAAGGAGUUCUAUGAUGGGCUGUUCCCCCGUGUGCAGCAAUGGAGCCACCAACAGCGUGUGGGUGACCUCUUCCAGAAGCUGGCCAGCCAGCUGGGUGUGUACCGAGCCUUCGUGGAUAACUAUGGAGUGGCCAUGGAAACGGCGGAGAAGUGCUGUCAGGCCAACAGUCAGUUUGCAGAAAUAUCUGAGAACCUGAGAGCCAGGAGCAACAGAGAUGCCAAGGACUCCACCACCAAGAACUCUUUGGAAAAUCUGCUCUACAAACCUGUGGACCGGGUGACAAGGAGCACACUAGUCCUGCACGACUUGCUAAAGCACACUCCGUCCAGCCAUCCUGACCACUCCCUGCUGCAGGACGCCCUCCGCAUCUCACAGAACUUCCUGUCCAGCAUCAAUGAGGAGAUCACACCCCGCCGGCAGUCCAUGACCGUGAAGAAAGGAGAGCACCGGCAGCUGCUGAAGGACAGCUUCAUGGUGGAGCUGGUGGAGGGGGCCCGCAAGCUGCGCCACAUCUUCCUGUUCACCGACCUGCUCCUUUGCACCAAGCUGAAGAAACAAAGUGGAGGCAAAACCCAGCAGUAUGACUGUAAAUGGUACAUUCCGCUCACGGACCUCAGCUUCCAGAUGGUGGAUGAACUGGAGGCCGUCCCCAACAUCCCUCUGGUGCCAGAUGAGGAACUGGAUGCCCUGAAGAUCAAAAUCUCCCAGAUCAAGAGCGACAUCCAACGGGAGAAGAGAGCAAACAAGGGCAGCAAAGUCAUGGAGAGGCUGAGGAAGAAGCUGUCCGAGCAAGAGUCACUGCUGCUGUUAAUGUCCCCCAGCAUGGCCUUCAGGGUACACAGUCGCAAUGGCAAGAGUUACACAUUCCUGAUCUCCUCCGACUACGAGCGAGCCGAGUGGCGAGAGAGCAUCCGGGAGCAGCAGAAGAAAUGUUUCAAAAGUUUCUCUCUGACAUCGGUGGAGCUGCAAAUGCUGACCAACUCGUGUGUGAAACUUCAGACCGUUCAUCACAUUCCACUGACCAUCAACAAAGAGGAUGAUGAGUCUCCCGGGCUCUACGGCUUCCUGAAUGUCAUCGUCCACUCAGCCACUGGGUUUAAGCAGAGUUCAAAUCUGUACUGCACCCUGGAGGUGGACUCCUUCGGGUAUUUUGUGAACAAAGCGAAGACCCGCGUCUACAGGGACACGACUGAGCCAAACUGGAACGAGGAGUUCGAGAUAGAGCUGGAAGGCUCCCAGACCCUGCGGAUACUGUGCUAUGAAAAGUGUUACAACAAGAUGAAGAUCACCAAGGAGGAUGGCGAGAGCACAGACAAGCUCAUGGGGAAAGGUCAGCUCCAGUUGGACCCCCAAGCCCUGCAGGACAGAGACUGGCAACGGACUGUCAUUGACAUGAAUGGGAUCGAAGUGAAACUUUCCGUCAAGUUCACGAGCAGGGAGUUCAGCUUGAAGAGAAUGCCUUCCCGCAAACAGACUGGGGUCUUCGGGGUCAAGAUUGCAGUGGUCACAAAGAGAGAGAGGUCCAAGGUACCCUACAUUGUGCGCCAGUGUGUGGAGGAGAUAGAGCGCCGGGGCAUGGAGGAGGUGGGCAUCUACCGCGUGUCUGGAGUGGCCACGGACAUCCAGGCACUGAAGGCGGCCUUCGAUGUCAACAAUAAGGAUGUGUCAGUCAUGAUGAGCGAGAUGGACGUGAACGCCAUUGCCGGCACGCUGAAGCUUUACUUCCGCGAGCUGCCCGAGCCCCUCUUCACUGAUGAGUUCUACCCCAACUUCGCAGAGGGCAUUGCUCUUUCAGACCCUGUUGCAAAAGAGAGCUGCAUGCUCAACCUGCUGCUGUCCCUCCCAGAGGCCAACCUAGUGACCUUCCUUUUCCUUCUGGACCACUUGAAAAGGGUGGCUGAAAAGGAGCCAGUGAACAAGAUGUCCCUGCAUAACCUCGCCACGGUCUUUGGCCCCACAUUGCUUCGACCUUCAGAGAAGGAAAGUAAGCUUCCUGCAAACCCCAACCAGCCCAUCACCAUGACUGACAGCUGGUCCCUGGAGGUCAUGUCCCAGGUCCAAGUGUUGCUGUACUUCCUGCAGCUGGAGGCCAUCCCCGCCCCCGACAGCAAGAGACAGAGCAUCCUGUUCUCCACCGAAGUCUAAAGGCCUGGCAUCAUUCGUCUCAGUAAGAGGCCCUCAGAAUGACCUGGAAUCCUGUGACGAGAGAAUCCAUCCCCGGAGUGGGAACGAGACUCUUCUUGUGGUGUAAUUUAACCAUUCCCAAGCUCUGGGCCAUCUGUCAAGAGACAAGUACCCGAAGCAGAAGGCCCAAGGGGGCCUAUGCAAACCAUCCAGGUGUGUCUGCAAGUCCCAGGCUGGCCCUAGACUGUAGUCUUCCCUUGUUGCCGCCAGAGGGCACCCCAGGCCAGCCCAUCCGCCAGCCUGCGUACAAGGGAAAGAUGGCGAAGAGAGUGGUUUUUACGAAUCUAAUUUAUCAGAGUUUAAAGAAAAAAAAAAUCUCUACUGGAUCAUUUGUUCCGAUGCACCCUCUCUGGGGAAUAGGGACACCGCCAGAUCCCUCACUCUUGUGUCUUGAAUAAACACUGCUGCUGCUUCAUAUUGUGGGGGCCACAGCCAUGUCCCUGUGUGGGUGGGGACAUCUCCAUUUCCCUGACUUAGGAGUUCCACUGUCUGUGUACCAGGGCUUGAGUCAGCGCUGUAGCAUCUUGACUCCUUGCUGCUUGCUUUGUCUUCCUCCAAGGCUGUCUGUGCAGAAGUAGGUCAGGCUCCUGUUCGCUGAUACUCUUGUUUUUGCUAGCUGUGCACUUCUCAGGAGUAUACUCCAUUGCAGCCCUUAAGUGUCCGGAGACCAGACACGGGGGGGAAGGAGGUCCUGGCCGUGCACCUUACAGUUCCUUCUGCAGGGAGAGUGACCAUGUCGACUGAUCCCCAUUGCCUACCUGGCACCUGUCUCCCUUUUGGCUGACAAAGGCUGUGACUUCUCUGGCCUGGCUCUGACUACUCUCUCUGUCCCUUGUUGUCCCACAUAAACAUCACGUGAUCACAUCCUUUCCUUGCUCUCAACUGAGCAGACUCAGUUAACUUUUGUAGAGGUUUCUGCUCCGAAGCAGCAACUUGCUCUAGUGGCUUGUUUUAAAACUUUGAUCCGAAAUAGCUUUUGAUACUUGAAUAUUUUUAAGUUUUAUACAUAGUUUCUAAUUUUUUUCCUAAUGGAUUCAGACACCUAAUAAGAUACUAGAAUGUACACCGUGGACGGGCAGUGUCCCGAGCAGCAUUUUGUCUUCCUUCCAGAGCCAGCUUUCUUUUUGCUUGGAGUCAUUUCUGAUGUCUCUGGGACAUCGGGAACAUGGGAAGAAGGUAAGGAAAGUCAGACCUGGGGUGGGAGCAGACGCCCCAAAGCAGAUUGGAAGCCAACCCACCUUCCGCCCUCCCACCCCACAUUCCCUGUAUUCGGGUGAGAGUUGGGAUAGUCUCUUCCUGACCACCUUAGAUAGUAAAAAGAGAAAGGGGACACCACCAGUUCUUUUCAAGAAAGAAACCCACAAAUCCUUGCAUCGUUUUUAAAAAGGUCUUAGAAUCCUACACUAGGGAGGUUGGGGCAGAAUCGCUGUGAGUUCAAGACCAGCUUUGGCAGCAUAGAGCUUCUCGGGCCGGCCAAGGCUCCAGUGCAGGGCUGUGGGACAGGGACGUGGCGUAGACGGGGAGAGAAGAAAGACUAUAGACUUGAAUCCCAAGCUGCUCCUGCAGAAGGGCAUGACUUGGGGGUAUAGAUUGCUUGUCAUGGAGGACUCUCGCACCUGGUCACAUACCCCACGGUCCCUCCCACGUCUAGAAGGUGGGUAUGUCCACGAACGGCAUCUGCCAACCCCACAACCCAUGGGGAUUCCCAAGAGGCAGGCCAUGUAUUCCCUUACCGUCUGCUCUUGAACCUGCCCAACGUAUUGGGCAGGAAACAAAAGGCCCUGCAGGGUCUCUGUCUUCAUACAGUGUUUGUUUAGUUGGCCUUUUUUUUUUUCUCAGCAGAGCCACCCUUUGGUCUGCCCUUGAGCAUUUUUGAACCCAGUGAGCUCCUCUAGUCUGGCUGCCCAUCAUAGUCCAUCUCAGUGGCGCUGACCACUGAGAUGGGAACCCUGCUGAGAAAAGCCCAACCCAGCUGUUGAUUCUGCUCCCUCUGUUGUCUCUUGAUUUGCCUCUGUCACCUUGAACUGGAAAGCAAUAUAUGAAUGUGCCAAUCUGCGUUCCCUCACCCCCCUCUCCUCCCUCGUUGCUCUUUAUUUAUAGAGGUGUUGUUUGAUGAUGGAACGAUCCCUCUUGCGUUGUUCUAAAAGUGUUCCUCCGCCAUCCGGCCAUGAUGGCACUGGCUGGGGCUGCCUCUGUUACCGUCUCACACCCUGCAGGCCUGUAGGCUGGCAAAGCCACGGUGGGGCAUGGAAAAGGCAUGGUGUUCUCCAGGAGUGGGAUAACCCAGCUUUCCCUCUGCAGAGAGAGUGAUGGCCUAGAGUCCAUCAUGACUGUCCACCAAGCACGGCUGCCAGACUCUAAAGGAAGAAAUGCUACUUUCUUACCUUGGAACCUGGGUCCUGGGUACAGUGGGCAUGGCUUCAUGGUGGUAACCUGGCCUCCCCAGUGGGUGGAUGGUUUCUUAGCUGCAAUCUUGCUUUUGAGCUAGCUGUCUGUACUACCCCUGUGCCGGAAGGACCCACGAACACUCUCAUUAAAGUCUUCUCAGACUA